AUGCCUAGGAAAGUAGGCAACGGGCAGCUGCCUUUGCCCGACGGCUAGGAGGCCAGGGAUUACGAUGGGAAAGUCUUCUACAUCGACCACAACACCAAGCAGACCAGCUGGAUCGACCCCAGAGACAGGUUAACAAAGCCAUUAUCCUUUGCAGACUGUGUUGGAGACGAGCUACCAUGGGGAUGGGAAGCUGCAUAUGAUCCUCAGAUUGGUGUCUACUAUAUCGACCACAUAAACCAAACCACACAGAUAGAAGAUCCAAGAAAACAAUGGAGACAAGAACAAGAGAAAAUGCUUAAGGAUUACCUUACAGUAGCACAAGAUGCACUGAACACUCAAAAGGAACUGUACCAUGUAAAAGAACAGAGACUGGCACUUGCAUUGGAUGAAUAUGUACGGUUGAAUGAUGCUUACAAGGAGAAGUCUAGCUCUCGUACAAGCUUGUUCUCAAGUUCUUCUUCCAGCACUAAAUAUGACCCUGAUAUUCUAAAGGCAGAAAUCUCCACUACAAGAUUAAGGGUUAAAAAAUUGAAGAGGGAGCUAUCACAGAUGAAGCAAGAAUUACUAUAUAAGGAGCAAGGCUAUGAAACACUGCAACAAAUUGACCAAAAAAUGUCUGGAGGCCAGAGUGGUUAUGAACUAAGUGAAGCCAAAGCCAUUGUGAAUGAACUGAAGUCUAUCAGAAAGGCUAUAAGUUCUGGUGAGAAAGAGAAGCAAGAUUUAAUGCAGAGCCUUGUAAAGUUACGAGAGAGGUUCCUCUUAGACCAAACUUUUGACAGGUCAUCAGAACCAGAUUUGAGGUGCAGCCAAGUGCACUCUCAUCUUUCUCUCUCUCGACAGACUUUGGAUGCAGGGUCUCAGACAGACAUUUCUGGUGAUGUUGGUGUCAGAAAUAUGUCCAAUUUAGCUGAAAAGGUCAAACUGAGUCUUCAGUACGAAGAUGCCAAAAGAAGGAUGGCAAACUUAAAGAUUGAACUGUCUAAGUUAGAAAGUGAGGCUUGGCCAGGAACACUGGAUAUUGAGAAGGAAAAGUUGAUGCUGAUUAAUGAAAAAGAAGAGCUUUUGAAAGAGCUUCAAUUUGUCACCCCUUGCAAACGCUCUGAAGAUGAAUUGAAGCAUCUGGAAAUGGAAAGGAAGAGGCUGGAAGAAGAGCUAUCUGUGAAAAGCACACCUAGUGAUGAACUUACAGAAAGGUUAAAACUGGAAGAAAGAAGAAGCAAAUUAGUUCAGAAACUUCAAGAAACUAGUAAAGAAACAACCAAUUUGCAUUUGCAGCUGAAAAGUCUCUCUGCCAGUACAUUAUCUGUGUCUUCAGGGAGCAGCCUGGGAUCCCUGGCAUCCAGUCAGGGGUCCCUGAACACCUCCAGCCGGGGAUCACUGAAUUCCCUUAGCUCUACAGAUCUGUAUUACAACCAAGGUGAUCAGCCUACAGACUUAGACUAUCAGUAUAAGCUGGACUUUUUAUUGCAAGAGAAAUGUGGUUACAUUCCUUCAGGCCCUAUUACCACAAUUCAUGAAAAUGAAGUAGUCAGUUCCCAUGGGAGAAUGGAAUAUAGUGAUUCUUCUGGCUCUUUGGCAGCAAGCCAUACUCCCAAAUUAACUGAACUUCCAAAAUCUGUGACAUCACUGUCAUCAAGAUCUUCCCUUUCCUCCUUGUCCCCUCCUGGAUCACCUUUGGCUUUGGAAGGUGCAUUCUCAGUGCCUCCUCAAGAUUCUCCAUUACAUCACCUCAGCACAGACUUUGAGGACUGUGAUUUACCCAGUGAUUUUGCAGGCAUUAGCCUCUGUGACAACCAAAUGGAUUCUGAAGCCAGAGUGUCUUCGCAGUCACUGGCAGAUGAUAAAGACCUUGAUGAAAGUCUUAACCAGACCGUGUCACCUUCAAGAAAUACAGGUGUUGACUUACCAAGAAGAGUAAGUCACCUGCUUGAGGAGAAGGCAGGAUGUGUAUCUGCUGCAGUAUCUGAUGAAUCUGUUGCUGGAGACAGUGGUGUAUAUGAAGCAUCCGUAAAACAACCAAAUGAUGGUGAAGAAGUUGCAUAUAGCGAAGAUGAUACCACAGUUCUAGAGACAGCUCAAGUACAAAUAGGACUCAGAUAUGAUACAAGCAGCUCAAGUUUUGUCAUCAUUGUGGUACGGUUACAAAAUCUCCAUGCCCUUUCGGUAUCACCUGGCUCUAAAGUGUAUUUUAGAGUUGCCGUUCUUCCAUCUUCAGCUGACAUCAGCUGUCUUUUCCGUACAAAAGUCCAUUCUGCUGCUGAAACUCUUUUAUUUAGUGAGAUGUUCAGAGUAACUAUUUCCCAGGCAUCUUUGCAUCAGAAAACUUUGAGAGUGGAUGUCUGCUCCGUCAGUAAAACUCGUCGAGAAGAAUGCCUAGCUGGAACUCAGAUAAGCCUGGCAGAUUUGUCACUUUCAAAUGAGACUUCUACUCUGUGGUAUAAUUUGCUCACUUACAAGAAGAUUUCUGGCAAAAAGAAGCCAAAGGAAGAUCCUGUGUUUGUACCAAAUGAUCAAUCAUCUGGCUCCUUGGAUUUGGAUGCUGUGUCAGCACUACUAGAAAGAACUUCAGCUGAGCUGCAAGCUGUAGAACAAGAAUUGGCAAAGGAGGAAGAAGAAGAGGAAGAGGAAGAAGAAGUGAAUGUACAAGAGCUACAGAAUGCUGAGGAAGACUGGCUAGGAAUAUUGGCAGAGGCAUCCCAUGCCACUGUGACAGAAGAGGAGGGUGCUGUUAAAAGUGCAGACAAAAGUGAAUAUGUAGAUUUCUGUUCUGAAUUGGUAGAGGUAGAAGAACUCAAGGACGGGGAGGACAGCAGCCCUACAGAUGUGCAUCACAAUGAAGAAGUUGCAGUAUUGCCCACACUGGUUGAUAAGGAGACAAACACAGAUGACAGGACUGACAGAGUGGCUGUACGACCCAAGGACAGAACCAGCCUAAAGUCUCAACAGCAUCCUUUUGUCAGGAACAGCAUGAUAGUGCGUUCACAAACCUUCUCUCCAGGAGAGCGGAACCAGUACAUCUGUAGGUUGAAUCGAAGUGAUAGUGACAGUUCAACAUUGGCCAAAAAGUCUCUCUUUGUGAGAAAUGCCACAGAGCGGCGGAGUUUGAGAGUUAAAAGGCCUGCUUGCCAGCCAAGCAUGCGAAGAGCGACUCAGGAGCACCCUAUCCGCACCUCUCUUGACUUGGAGCUGGAUCUCCAGGCUUCUCGGACACGACAGAAUCGCUUGAAUGAUGAAUUGCAGAUGCUUCGUGAUCUUAAACAGAGGCUUGAGGAGAUGAAAGCAAGAGGGAAGACAGAGCUUCCUCCCUGUGUGUUGGAGGAUGAAAGAUUCCGAAAGCUCUUGAAACAAGCCGAAAAACAGGCUGAACAAUCAAAGGAGGAAAAGAAAAGGGGUUUAAGUGCGGAAAAAUUGAUGAGGAAAGCUUCGAAGGAUGUAUGUCGGUUGCGAGAGCAGAGCCAGAAAGUGCCGCUACAGGUGCAGUCAUUCAGGGAGAAGAUUGCAUACUUCACAAGAGCAAAGAUCAGUAUACCAUCUCUGCCAGCUGAUGAUGUCUAAUUUUAUUUUCUACCACAAGAUGUUUUCUACUUGUUCAUCUAUUCCUUUUUUAAAGAUUACAGUUUUAUAGUGCAGUUCUAGUUUUAAAAAUGUUCUACUUUACAUCGAACCCUAGAUAUUGUCUGUAAAAAUAAACCCCUCAAUACAUUGUUCUCAUAUAUGUGCACACACAUGUACCUGAAAGACAAGAAAAGCCCCUCUCUUUUCUAACCUACAGUACUUAAUCUUUCAUACCAGAAAACCAAAGUAGAAUACUUUUGGUACUCUGAUGCUAAUUUUGUACAGUUUGUAUGUAUUAUAGAUAUGCUAUUUUGUAAAGAUGGAUCUAAGGAACAAAGGCAGUACCUUGUGUGUAUAUCCUGUUGAACUGCACUGUGUCGAGAAAUAUUAUGUUCAACAGGAAGUAUUGUUUCACCCUUUUUUCACAAGAGCAGACUGUGAAAAUGGCUGUUAGCCCAUGCAAUAUUUUUGUACAAAGUGUGCUUUUUUUUUUUUUUUUUGUAGUUAGCUAGCAACAAACUCAAGUCCUCUUCCAAAACUUCAAGGCUGCCUCAUGCAAACAGGUGCUGUUUAGAUUUCUAUCUCCUACAUUGGAACUUUUUACUUGGAACCUAUUUUUCUUCUCUUUAUUUCUUGUUACAAAAGAAGAGGCAUGGGAUACUCACUGCAGGAGUGUAAUUUUGUGAAUGUAGUGGAUCUGGAGAUGUAUGGAGGCUAUCGAGUCUCUUUACACGUAAAUGCUGGGAAGUCCUGAAAUGUGUUUAAACUGAAACUACCCAAAGGCAGCUGUUUUAUGAAAUUGCACUCAGGUUCACACAAAAAGUAUUCAAACCUGAGUAAACAAAUACUGAUAUACAAAGCUAACAUAUUAGUGUAACACUGUAUAUUGAAUACCACAGUCAGUAGCCUGUAGAAGAGUCAGUUUUACAAAGCCCAAACAGACCCAGGCAGUUUUCAAAGGAGUGGUACUUAGACUGAUGAAUUUCCUAAGAACCAAAUACCUAUUAUUGUUGAUAUAGAAAUUCCUUCCAAGAAAAUCCCAAGAUUUGGAGCACUUAAAAUGACAUGUUAGUAUAAUAAAUAUUAUAGGUUGUAGCUUAUUCCUAGUAUGUAUUCCAUUGUGUAGGUUGAUUCCUAAAUUAAUUGUGGCACAAUAGCUAUGUGAUUAGAACCUAAGCUUCUUGAAACAGAACUUGUAUUGAUGAAAAGUAAAAGACAAUAUGAAUGUGUUUAUCAGAAUUCGAAGUAAAAAAAUGUUCUGGUUACCUUUUAAGCAGUAUAUAUCUGCAAGUGUGCAUAUGCGUGUACUUAGCAUCUGUGCUAUCAGAGGUUGUUCUGAGUGUCAUCUGGCAGCAAGUGGCUGAUUAGGUCUGAUGUCAUCAUAAUGAGACUUGGGGGACAAAGCUGUCAUCACUUUGUCAUUAGAUUAACUGCUGCUGUGAUGUUUCGAGAGGAAUUUAGCAACCCAGAACUAGGCACUUGAUAGCUGAGAGGGCCUGGGAGACUGAGAAGUGGUGAGCAACAUUUUCUAAACUAAGGCUGCAUUCAAUAGGACUUUUGAGUAUAGAUUUAUAGGAUCAGACUGUUGUCUGUACAAACACUGUGUACAGAUCCUGGAAUUUCAGGUGGCAUGGUGCAAAUUGGUGGAACAGUUUUGGAGCCUUUUGAUGAGCACAAGCAAGUUAUCCUUUCUUCUUUUGUAUAUGGCACAUAUCUACAAAUACAUGUUACAUGUGAAAUUCACCAAGAAAGCAAAGAUGUGAGCUCGUUGAGCACUGUCCAUUUUACAACAUAUCAUAAGUUGACAUAUUGUAUUUUAUUUUCUGAGAAUGUUGGUAGAAUCCCUGAAAGAUAAGAAGAAUAUAAAAAUAAUACAUUGAUUGCCAUUUUUAAAAUUGUGCCUUAAAUUUAUUUUUCUAAAUCUCCCCAAAGGUUCUCUUAUUAUGCACAAGACUAUAUUACUAUUCAGGUCCUUUAAACAUAACAAACCUCGAGAUAGUUAACUAACUGUGCCUGAUAUUUCAUGGAUCCCCCUUGUUGUUCUACCCAUGUUUUAGAAGUGAUUUAAACACAUACAUGCCAUUCGUUUUGCUGAGGUCAAUCUCUAAAAGCUAAAGCUUCAAGAUUAUUUAAUAUAGAAAUGAAGGUUGACUGUUUCAGCUUCUCAGUUUGACAAUAUUAAUAUGUUUGUAGAAUGGUGUAUAGAGUUGUACCUUGUGAUUUAUUUAUUUUCAGUCUUAUUUAUGUACUUAAUAUAGUUCAGUUCUGUCCAUUUAAUUUUGCAGGUUAAAAAAGCUACUGUGAGAAAUGUAUACAGCUCUCUAGUUUCAUAGGAGGUUAAGACAGACAGACACACAUUAAAUGAAAUUGAGAGGAGACUAGAAAGGAGUCUUUCUAAAUUGGUUAUUUAUAAAAUAAGAGAACUUUUCCAUGCAUUAAUACAUUUUCUCACAGACACCACCGUAGCAUCAGCUCAUUUUUUAGGAGUACAUUUUGAAAAGUUCUGGGUUUGUUUUGUUUGUUUUUUCUACUCAUACAGUUUAUUAUGUUUAUUAAACAACAAUGAUAAAACAACUUUGAAAAAUACAAAAAUGGGCAAAUGCCAGUCAAGUUUUAUGCAUACAGAUAUCACUUUUAUCAUUGGUUUUAUCCUUCACAAGAUAGAACAAACAUUACAAAUGUAAUAAUCCUCAUAUUCCUUUUAUCCAUUUGUUAGUACAGUUCUGUAUAUUAAAUUCUAAGUAUUACAGAUACAAGACAAUAUCAUUGCUUAGCCAAAUGAACAAAGUAUAGUAAAUCAUUUAUAGACUGAAAAUUAAAUCAACGCUUUUUACCUAAUUUUUAUAUUUUAAGUAUAAAAUGCUCAGGACUGAACUAAAUAUUUAAUCAGGUUAUAUUACAAAUGUCUUUCUGUCCUAAUAUUGUCUGUCAAUGUACACAUGUACAUCACCUAGAUUAACUUUCAUCUCUGCACUUUUCAUUUGUUUCAGUGAUUUGGAAAAAAUACAGUUUUUUAACAAAUCUUCCUUGUUUAUGUGUUUUCUGUUUCACAAAAUGUAUCAGCCACAUCAACUCAAAGUGAUUUGUGCACCAUAAGAUUUGUACAUAGAAAAUACUUGCUCAUUUUUAGCAAGAUUUCGACUGUAAUAUCAAUGGAUGCUUAAUAAUAUCAAUAAUGGUUAAAACUGUAUGUCCGUGCUGCACUGAAGGCACAGACACACACAGGGAUUACUAUGUGGCUGCAUGUUUGUGCAAGGGAGAUACUUUCUGAUAGCCACAACUGAAAACUAUUGUAGUAUCAAAAAGUGUCUUCUCUGAUUCUGAAACACAGAGAUAUCAUAGUCAUGAUGACUAGAUGUUGUGACCACAAGGGAGGAUUAGGUACCACAAAAUAUAGGACUUUCAAUAAAAAUGGAGGACACGACCAAAUAAAAGCUAAAAGCACUCAUAUAAAUGUAAAUUCAUGCUUAGUGAUGCUCAAAAUGGAGGACAUUUUGAUAUUCACCUUGGACAGAAGGUUGAAAUGUAGGAAAAGGAGGAUGUCUGGUCACCCUAUAUCAUAAUCAUAUCCCUUUUCCUGGGUGCAUAAUUAAACAGAGAAACCUAGAGCUUAUUUUGAGCACUCCUUUAAAAUAUGAGGGAGGGCUUUUCAUUUCUCUGAUUGCAGGAUCCAUUUAUGACUACAUUGGUCAAAGAGAAACUCUUCCGUUUGUUAUCUUAAGUCCUUGGCAGCUCAGACACUACUGCAACAGAAGCAUCUCAUUAAUUGUCUGCCAGUUCAUAUCUUUUUACACUUUCAGGUUGAUUCUGUCAUACCUGAAAUAAUCAAAUUAUGAAGAAUAUCUUUGAGCUGUAAUUUUAUAACUCUGCUGAUCACAGCAGGGUCCAGAUACCUCAAUACAUUCACAUGGAAUUAUUUGUAUUUGGGAUUACUUUUCUCUCAGAUGUUUCAUACUUUUUUAUAUGUAGCAGAAAGUAGUUCAGUUUAAAAAUGUUUAUUUAAAUGGCGCACAUUUUUAAAGUCCUUGUCAAUCAGUAGCUUUCUGUCAUCCUUAAGAAAUGUAUUUGCCCAUUUCAAGUUGUUGAUGGUAUCUUGUAUUUAUGCCAUAGGCUUAACAGAUUGAAGAAUUAUGUCAAAUAAAUUUAAGAUGAACAGACUGCACAGUUAAGCAGGAAUCUAGUAAAAUAAACAAUAAAUUGUGUGUUCUUAUA